GGAGGGGCGGGCCCGACUUGCAAAGGGUCAGUUUCCAAAGCCACAGCCGAAUGUCUCCGCCAGUAACCAUCCCUUGCACGGGCAGGCGGCGGCGAGAGACUGCUAAAAGGCCUGGGAGAAGCGGAGCGCAGCUCCUCCGGAGCAUCAGCCACCUUUCCUUGCAAGUCGCCUCUGUUGUUCCUUCGGAGCCCCCCUUUUCUUGGCUCUCCUUGAUGCUGCUGCCGCUGCUGGAGAAAGCGGGGUCUCCAGGGAGCUGGUAGAGCCGCGCGGGGACGGAGGGCGAUCACGUUUCCUGCGCAUCUGGAUUCCUUGCAGAGGGCUGCGCUGGGGACUCUGAUGCACCCGUUCCAGUGGUGUAACGGAUGCUUCUGCGGUUUGGGGCUCAUUUAUACUAACAAAUCCUGCACGAUGCCUCCCAUCACCUUCCAGGAUUUACCGUUGAACAUCUACAUGGUGAUUUUUGGCACCGGUAUCUUCGUCUUCGUCCUUAGCCUCAUUUUUUGCUGCUACUUCAUUAGCAAACUUCGGCACCAGGCGCAGAGUGAAAGAUUUGGAUACAAAGAGGUGGUUUUGAAAGGUGAUGCCAGAAAACUAAACUUGCAUGGGACUUGUGCCGUCUGCCUAGAAGACUUUAAAGUGAAAGAUGAGCUGGGAGUGUUGCCAUGCCAACAUGCCUUCCACAGAAAGUGCCUCGUGAAGUGGCUGGAAGUCCGGUGUGUCUGUCCCAUGUGCAACAAGCCCAUUGCAGGCCCGGCAGAGCCUCACCAGAGUAUCGGGACCCUCCUGGAUGAGCUGGUGUGACGUUCGCCUCCCCCCACCCACAACUGCUGCCCUAUAGCAAAGCCUCUGCUGAAGCGGACUGUUGCCUGGAGACUCUGCACUUAACGCUCGCUUCCCAGCCAGGAACACCUUCUGCCGGGGAUCGCCGUGCCGGGUGCCAAGACGGAAGGCAAGCAGGCCUUGCUGCCCGUCUGCAGCUUGGGAGCAAUCUUAAGAGGAUGCCGGAUGAUGCCAAGAGCUGUGUGUCACCAUUCUCUGAUGCAUAAAGAGCUUUGGGCACACCUCCCAUGAGGACGAUACAAGUCUUUGCCACCAGAUUUCUGAAGCUGGACACUUUGGGUCAAAGCUGUGAGCUCCAGAAGCCAGCUCAAGUCUUCCAUCUAAGAUUUACAACCAACAAAGGCAAUCGCUCAGCAUCUCGUACGUCUGUUUUUAGCCGGUCUAAUACCCCACACACAUACUUUUCAUAGAAAGCCAGGCCUCCACCCCCAUUGCGAGGCCACAGACUCAUCCCUGCGGAAGGAUCCCUUUUUCCAAUUUAGAAACAAGAGUUGUCACCAGGACACUGCUUGAUCCAAACCAAUUUGCUAGGUUCUGCUCCGAUUCUUCUCUGACAAACGAUGGUCUGAGUUUACAAAGGGGAAAGCACCAUGUGCUCUGCUGAAGAUGCUCUCCGUCCAACUAGCAGACGGGCAGAGGGUUAGUCUUUGCACAGCUGCCUCAGACUUGUGGCUUGGGCAGGUGGGAAGAGGCCACGUCUUGACUCUUGGCCUUUCCUUGUUGGCAGCUGUCGGGGAAGGAGGCGGCAUCAUCAGGCGUAAGAAAAGUGAUUCUUCUUUUUGAAAGAUGGGUGGGAUGUAUUUUCUUAAGUGGCCUUUGAAGUCCCCUCCCCCCUUUCCUUUUCUGUCCUCAAACAGGAAAAAUAAACAAAUCUUCUUUCCCGGGAAA